AUGGAUCUUUACGCAUUCUGCUACCAAGAGGGCCUAAUCAACCCUUACAGGCUCGCAAAUAUUGAUGAGUACUUAGAGAGAAAAAGGAUUCUGAGAAAUUUGUGGGGCCUGCCCAUACGAACCGUUCGAAUUAAUACAUCUCCAGGAGAUUUCGAUUAUCUAAGCAAGGAUAAUGAAACGGAAAGAGCCGGAACUCUGUUCUUCGCCUUAAAGGAGUUUACGGAUCGCUCAACGGGUUGGAGGGUUAAGGUGGUUCAAGCUAUCCUUGUUCUUGGAGGUUUUAUACUCACCAACCUCUAUCUGACCACGUUGUCCAGCAUCCUCACUUCGGGGUUGUAUGAACCUGAGUAUAACACCCUGGAGGAUCUAGCCAAGGCACCAUAUCCCAGUCUGCAUGACGCUUUCUACGUGAACGAUUUAAAGUCGAAGACCUUUCUUCCAGAGGCUCUUCGCAGAAACGCCAUUGACCUACACAAUAAUACUUUACUUUCGAUAUACCGCGAUAGCCUGAAUGAAAGUUAUAUGUAUGUCAUGUACGAGGGCCGCAGGACACUGAACCUGAUGCAGCAGAGAUUACUUAAGACUCCCCGGUUUCACACAGUUCCGGAACCCAUAGGCUUUGCCCUGGAUAGCAUUCUGGUGUCCAGGAGCUUGCCAUAUCUGAAUAUUCUUAACCAAUUUAUGAGGCGUCUUCAGGAGCACGGAAUUUUUAUCAAAAUAAAGGCGGAUGUAUUCCAGGUGAUGAUCGAGCAGGGUAUUCAUACCCUCAUGCGGGACAAUGAACCUCCGGCGAAGCCAUUUGACUUGGAAUACUACUUCUUUGCCUUUGCCUUGUGGGGUGCUGGCUUAGUCCUGUCACUCUUGUUUUUUUUGGUCGAAAUUCUUAAGAUUUCAUACAAAACUCAUUAA